AUGCCCCUUGCCACCGACACCCUUGCACUCCCGAAGGCAUUCCCGACGAUUGUUGGCAUGAUAGCGAAGAAACCUCCUCUGCCCAUGGCAUGUAUGAUCACGAAUACAAUGAAUGGAGCAACCGAGGUCGAGACAGGCCACAGAGCCAGCAUGUUGAUUGCACCGACGUAUCAGAGAAAGGAAGAGACUGUUGACCGGCCCGAGUUUGUCGCCUAUCAAACCGCGAAGGACUCGGUCUAG